AUGGUGUUGUGGAAAAGAUUAGAGCAAUUGGUAAACACUUUAGGAACUCAAUUCCCAAAAAGAAAAAUUUUUACCAUUGCUCAACAAACUUAUCAUUUGGAUGCUAAGAAAAGAAUUCGUGGUGAUUGUUGUGUAAGGUGGAAUUCAACUUAUUUGAUGCUUAAUCGUGCUCUUUAUUUUCGAGCCGCUAUUGAUCAUGUGGUGGAAAAAGAUAAUGAAAUAAAGAUGUAUCUUCUUGAUGAUGAUGAGUGGCAAAAGGUUUAUGUGAUUCAUGAUUUCUUAAAGGUUUUUUAUGAUAUCACAAAUGAAUUCUCAUCUUAUAAGACUCCCACCGCAAAUAUUUAUUUCAAGGGUGUUUGGGAGAUUCAAUGCAUGUUACUUGAAAUGGCAAAUGGACCACAUCUUUUCUUAGUUGAUAUGGCUAAAGAAAUGCAAAAGAAAUUUGACAAGUAUUGGUCGGAUUAUAAUUUGUUGUUGUCUUGUGCUUGUGUUUUAGACCCUCGAUAUAAGCUUGGAUUUGUUGAGUAUUGUUACUCUACUCUUUAUGGAGAAUCUCAUGCUAAAGAGAAAGUGGCAAAUGUUAGAUCGAUGUUGUGUGAAUUGCUUAAAGAGUAUAGAGGUGUGGAUGGUGGGGGUGUUGGUGGUAGUGGUGAUAUAGGUGAGGGCACAUCAAGCCAUGCUACUAAUUUUACUAGUGGUAGUGGUAGUGAUACGAUGGCAAAUUAUAGUUCUUGGAUGAGUAAUAAGCAAAGAAGCUUUGUAGAUAAAUCACAACUUGACCUUUAUUUGGAAGAAAAAAAUGUUGCUCACACUUUGAAACUUGAUGUGUUGGAUUGGUGGAAAAAUAAUGGCGGACCUCGACAUCCACAACUUGCGGCAUUGGCUCGUGAUAUUUUAGCAAUUCCUAUAUCAUCGGUUCCCUCCGAGUCUGCUUUUAGUAUGGGCAAGAAAUUGAUUAAUCCUUGGAGGGCUUCACUUACAUCAAUGACCAUUGAAUCUCUUGCUUGUUAUGAGGAUUGGCUACGUGCAAAAGGUUUCUCUUUAGGUCACUCUCUCUUUUCAACUCAAUAUGAAGAAUGUGAGGAUGAUGAUGAUCAUAAUCUAGAUGAAGAAUGUAAAAUUGUUGGCUAA